GUGUCAGGGGGAUACAGAAUUCUACUGUAACACGUGUAAAUAUGACCUAUGUCUACAGUGUAAGGAGAGCCAUGUUGUUGAUUUAUAUACCAAACACCAUGACGUUGUGAUUUUCCGAGAGAAAUAUGACAACUUAAAACAAGAGACCUGUUUGCGACAUCCAGACAGAAUGUAUAAACAAUACUGUUAUUCAUGUAAACUUCCUGUCUGUGCAAAGUGUAAAAAUCACCGACAACACGCAAUACUUAAUAUCAAAACAGAGUACAAAACAAACCGUGAACAACACAGAGACAUCCUUCACAAGAUCAGAAGUGAGGCUCUCUAUAGUAACCGUUUUCUCCUGGCAGACAUCAAGACUGAUUUUAAAACUUGUCAAACAGAGAUCUUCAACCAUCAACUAAAGAUUUCGACAAAAGCCGAGGGACUUAAGAACCGCAUUGACACUGUAAUGUGUGAUGUUAAAGUCAGAAUGAGAUACAAAAGUUUCAUGAUUAAUCAUGGACUACAACAACGGAAGAGAAUUCUUGCCAGCAUAGAAAAAUAUGAAUACAGAUAUGAACAGUCAGCAAACAGAGCGGUGAAACUCCUCUUUUUUAUUAAAAACAUUUUUGUCCCGAAGAUAAAAGAAGCCCUACAUAUUACACAAAACGCCUUGCUCUCCCUGACUGAUGAAAUCAGGAAGGAUGAUGUGAUUGAGAUAUUGAGUAAAAUCCAAAUCACAGAGAAAGGGAAAAGACAAGCACGAAAUGAAUGUCCGCUGGAACUAUUGUCUACACCUGAGCUACUCAAAACAUUUAGACUGAAAACUUUUGGUUGCGUAACAAAUAUGUCUUGUCUCAAUUCAGACCAGUCUUGGAUCAGUGUUAAGCAGAAUUAUUUUACUUUAUUAAGCUUGACAAACACAGAAGUGGAAACUCUCCAUCAUAUGACAUGUAAAACAGAUUAUUCAACGAUUGUUUUAUAUGGCACACAUACAGUGAAUAAUGAAGGGGAAUUAAUUUAUAUAAACACUGAUAAUGAUAUUUACAAACUUUCUCCAGAAAAUAGCACUAAGUCUACACUGAUAAUAGAAACAUACGCAUGGGAGCCGUUGUGUGUCUAUUCCUCUCCAGUCAAUGGAAAUCUUCUGGUCGGCAUGUUUAAUUAUGAUAAAAAGACAAGCAAAGUAAACCGAUACGAUAACACAGUACAACACAUACAGACGAUAGAACAUGACAACAAAGAUCAGCAACUGUACAAAAUACCUAGAUACAUCACUGAGAACCGUAAUGGAGAUGUUAUUGUGUCUGACCUUAAUCAAGUUGUGGUGAUAAAUCAUAGAGGGAUACAUCGCUUCUCCUACACAGGACGAGUAUCAGGAGAUAGACUUGAUCCAUGUGGAAUCUGUACAGACGCGCUGUCACACAUCCUGGUGUGUGAUUAUAUCACCCGAACAAUACAGAUGAUUGACAAAGACGGUCACUUUCUGUCACAUAUACUAACACGAGAGCAGGGAAUAGAAAGACCACUCAGCCUGAGUUAUGACAAAAAAACUCAUCUCCUCUGGGUUGGAUCAUGGAACAACAACACAGUGUGUGUUUAUAGAUACAUUAAUAUAAUAGGACGUGAGACGGGUACAUGCAAUUAAUUAG